GCGAAAUUAGUUGAUAUUUUUUGUGUAGUUUAAUAACAGUUGCGCCAACGACAUUGUCACACGUGCAAAAACUCCCCAUAAUCCACUUGUCAUUGCAAAUGGCAGAUACAAUGGCCGCUAGUAGUGGCGGAGUUGAAUGGUCUUCAGUUUUGAAACCAUUUUUAUCUUUGCAUUAUGAAACAUCAAAUCGUACAGAAGUGAUUGAAUUAUGUUCAACAAUAAUCAAAUGCGAAGCUGAAAUUCUGCGCCACAAAGAGAAUAAUAAGAAGUUUUAUGACAAUUUUGUCGUAUUGUCAGCCGAUUACAUUAGCUCUUGUACCAACAAAUUGCCCGUGAGUCAGAUAGACACAGUGAGUGCCGCAUGUCGGGUGUUGCUCAAGUAUUUAAUAAAUUGCCUUCAACCGUUUGCCAGUGAUUCGACUCAGAACAGUGCUCAAAUCGAGAUUUAUUUAAAUGCAGUGCGAGUGUUGUGUAUAGGAACUAGUCAGUUGUCAACGGCUCAAGUUUCAGUCCUUGUCAACACUAUGAAAGGCGAAAAUUUACCUCAACAUACCAAUACAACACCGCCUGGUGGUGAAAAAGAUGUGCAAAAUAAACAAGAAUCGCCCAAGAGUCGUAGUGACCUUUCUAUGGAUAUCUUUGAGCAGUUGACACUGCCUCUAAGAGAUGGGGCUUCAGAUGCUGGAGGUUCAACAAUUAAUCUUAAUGAUAUCCCAUCAGGAAGUGAUCCAGCGUCGGAAAUUAACAAGCUUUUCCUUAAAACGAAUACGGAAAGUUUGCAAUCAUUACGUGCAGGUGACACUUUGGUUGAUUUGUGUUUGAGUCUUCAAUCGAUUAAGAAAGCACGUACUAAAGUUGAGGAAGCUCUCGCUGGUAAAUCUUUCUCCAUCCCGACGAACCAAUCCGAAGCUAAUGUUUUGAAAAAUUCAGUUUCUUUGAACAUUUCCGAAAUAAAACUCGCAUUUUCCGCAAUCAAUCUUCCAGUUUUGGAGCCACUCACGCCCAGCAAACUCGAUAAAUUAUCCACUUUAAGUAUGGCAGUAUUACAUUCUGCCGUAAGUCAAGCAUCUGCAAGUGCAGUUUUAUCGACCUCGUCUGUUAUUUCACCAAAAUGUUCAUCGCAACAACAAAAUCUCAAAGAAGACGAUUACGAAACGCAAGCUGUAACACUAGUCGAAGAAGCUCUAAAUAUGUAUUCAUACAUUGGUACUACCAUAAAAAAUUCGACUCGAGCCGGUGGUCACGUUUACCAAAAUCAUUUAUUGGCCGGUGCUUGGGUGCUAAUUUCUGGCCUUCAGGCACAUUUAACGGCCAGUACGGCUCUGGAAAAAACAACGCAUGUGAGAGAACGUGAAGAGAAAGGAAGAAGUCCGUGUAAAUCGCGAGAUUGUAGCUCGGCCAGGUCCGGCUUACAGAAAUUCCAACAAAGUUUCGGUGUUUUAUCUGUGGCAAUUGCAACGAAAGCCUUAUCGCUUUUAACUGAAUUGUUUGAUGAUUUACAUUUGGAGGCUUGUGGAGGCGCUGGAAGUAUUGGACAAAUUGAACCAGCGCCUUUGGCAAUCAUGGGCCAAUUUACAGCACUUCAAAGAGUAGCAAGAGUUUUAAGUGCGGCGCCUUUAAAUAAUUUUCUUUUCUAUUUGGCGAUUGUGAGUUAUGGUAAAGCUUGUACUUUGAAACGUUUGGAUCCACCUGAGGGCGAUACAUUCAGCCAAUCAGACUCAACAACGUAUUAUGAAGAUAUGAUUUUGGUUUCGGAUGAAAGUUCAAUUGAUGAGGAUGAUGAUAGUGAACCGAUUUUGGGUCUUUGGUUUGAAGAAACAUUAGCACCACCUGAAACCAGUGAACCUAAAACACCUUCAACUCCUGAUAAUCUUGAAACUAAAUCAGUUCCUGCUGAAAAUUUGUCGUUAAUUCCUGAAAAGGGUGAAGCCCAUGGUUAUAUCACACUUGCGAUGAAUAUUUUCAUUUUUUUGAAUAAACAUUUUCUUUGUACGAAAAGUGCAUAUGUUGCUAGAUAUGUGAAAAAUGGUCUUACCGAACAACAAAUGAUUAUUUUAGCUGCGAUUAUACGGGACUUGGAUAGAGAGACAUCUCGGACUGAAGUUGGAACAAUUUCCGCUUACUUUGGAGCAACUUUGGGUCAAUUGUAUUGCGAAUUUUCGGCUGCAUUGACGAAAUUCACUCAUAAUUUGGUCACGAAUAAUAAUCUAAGUUCGUUACAAGCCUGUCUUUUGAAUCAUUUGGGCGUUUCACCAUGGAAUACCGACGUACCACAUGGAUGGCCAUUGCAAGUUUAUCCAAGGACUUUGUCAGUGUUGGCUCAAGUGUUACUUUUGAGACCGCAAAACGAGAAAGAAGCUUCGGUUAUUAGUAUUUGGCACAGGCUGGUUAAUACAUUAUUUGAAAAUGUUUUAAAUACGUCACAGAAUUCGGAUGAAGAUUUAAACGUAGAACAUGCCCAAAUGUUACUUUAUUUGUUUCAUUCGUUGAAUUUGAUGCAGAAAAAGUCGGUUUUGUUAUCGGUAGCUGGUGGAGUUUUGCGUUGUUCUGAAGUGGCAAGAGGUACAUUGAAAGAUUCACAAUUGCUACAUUUGUCCAGAUUGUUAUUACUGUUUGAUUAUAUCAUGAAACAUCUGUAUGAUGCACCGACUUCUCUUUUAGAACAGAUUCAGUGGAAUUUGUUUUACUCGACAAAUUUAAAUAAUGCGGACAAAGAUCGAGAAAAUGUCAAUCGGAAAUACACAGCAUGGCAAGACAUUGAAGACAAUUAUCGUAAAGUAUCGACAAUGAGUGAAUUUUCGAUGAAACCACGUUUCUACGUUUUAACAUCGUUGGAAAUCAAUAAUCAAGACUCUCCAAAACUUGACGGUUUAGCUUGUAAUUUUAUUUUGGGAACUCCUGAUAAACUCCGAUAUCCGUUACUUUUGGAUGCUCUCAUUGAAAUCCUCAAUGUGACACACAUCACUUCCGGUCCUCAAUCAUCAAAAAUGACUUUUCUCGGCUUAUGUUCAACUCAAUAUUGUUUCACCAUCUGUUGGAGACUUUUACAAUUACUACCACCAUCUGUGUCAUACAUGGAACGUCUAGCUUCCGUUGAAAAUCUUGCUCCAGGUCCUUUAAUGUUACAUUCAUUGAUUUGGGGUCCAAGAUCGGCUCAUAAAAAUUUCAAUCGUUGGUUAAAAGAUUGUCUAGUCAAACAAGGAUUGUAUACGCAAAAUACAGAUAAAUUGUUGAAGGCUGUUUCCGAUAGCGUAAAUAAUUUGAAAUACGAUGUGAAUAACGCAAAAAAUUGUAUCAUUGCACUGACUCCGGAUGUAAAAAAAGGAGUCGUACUUAAAGAAAAUUUACCACCGUUGUGGCAUUUGUGUCUUUUGGAUUGUCUUUUGGGUAAAGUUGAAGUAGGAUUAGAAGAAGCUGAAAGUGAAGAAUUAAGUUCGACGCAUGUCCAGGAUUUAUUUCCACAUGUUUUGAAAUUGACUCAAGCGAUUUUGCAUUGUGCCAGGUGGUCAAUUUUCCACACAAUUAUCGAACAGAAUGAAGGUAAAGCAACGCAAAAUUUCGAAAAUCUACAAGAUGUUUUGGCAAUUGCUUCAAGUCGAAAUUCCCUAACUAAUACGUUAUCGUCCGAAUUGUUUGCAUUGUUGCCAACGACCGUUUCAACAGUGCAACAACAGUGGAACAAUUCAACUUUGGAAGAUUUUGCACUGGCGGCUUAUCAAGGUAAUAUAAUCCCGUCGGAAAGUUACAUUCUUAAGAUCGUCGAAACUCACAUUUCGACAUUGUCUAUGAACAGUCCAUUUACAAUAAACUUAUCGUUGCGUCGCUUUUUGCAAAGUUACAUCAAAUUUAUUUGUGAUCACGCACCAAAAAUCGAAAAUACUGAUACGAAAAAUAAAGCCGUCGAAAUGUUAGUGAGUGUAACUCUGGAUUCACGCACCGAAUAUCUACAUGAUACUGUUUCGAAAACUUUGGAUAAAAUGAUUGGCGAUACGGAAACGGAUGAACAUCAGAAACGUGUCUACAUGCAAGUUUUACAUCACACUUAUCGUCUAAUCAUCAAUUACAAUGGUGGCGAAAAUUUGAACGAACAAGUCUUACACAAUUGUCUAAAAUUCUACGAAAAGAUUUUGGAGAAAUCGUCAGGACGGCAAGCACUAGAGAGUUUCUUUACUAGUGAUAAAGACCUAGUUAAGGUAUUAAUGUCGGUUUCGAGUCCACAAAUGUCACAACAAUACAGUACCCGAGUAUUGCAAUUUUUCAACAAGUUAUUCCAAGCGGCUGAAAAAAGUUCAACUGAUCCAAGUUUGAAUUAUCUGUGCAGCAGUAUGAAUAAAUUAGCCAAUGUUGAAGUUGAUAAAUUACAAACGUGGUUACGCCAAAUCAUCAUUGGUCCUAAUAAAACACCAUCGUCUACAACAGUUACUAUAAGUAAAAGUGGUCAAAGUUCAAAAGAUAAUAAAUGGAAGAUUACACAAGUUGAAACAAGUGACGAACAAAAAUCACUGAUUCAAGAAAACAGUCAACUGUUACAAGCUUUAACCUCAUUUAUAGUCAAACAAAAUAGUAACGUAUCAGAAGAGGUUGCCUUGAUUAUAUUGAAAGCUUUGAUUCCAUUGGGUGCUUAUAUUUUAUCACCGCAAAUUAAUGGUGUGGGAUUCACCGAUCUAAUGGUUGUCAUGACAAUGUUGGCAGAUGCCGGUAGUGGUAAAGGUCACAGUUUUUUGUUUCCGGCAACUUCGGAUUGGGUUGAAUUGUGUAACAAAUAUUUCGAUGAUAAAAACCAAGUGAUGCUAGAUGCCGGUUGUUGCAUACUUGAUUAUUUAAGUGAUGUUGUUAAUGGUAUUGUAAAUCAGAAUAAUUUUCGACCGUUGAGUCCACCAUGGGAGGGUGAAACACCACUUGAUUUCGAUUCGGAAUGGCAAGAUGAUAAUAACGAUGAAGAAGAUAGUGGGGAAGAUUCGGACGAAGAUUCGUUGAGUAAUAAAUUGUGUACGUUCACUGUCACUCAGAAGGAAUUUAUGAAUCAACAUUGGUACCAUUGUCACACUUGUCGUAUGUUGGACGGAGUCGGUGUUUGUUCGGUGUGUGCGCGUGUUUGUCACAAAGGCCACGAUCUGAGUUAUGCCAAAUAUGGUAAUUUUUUCUGUGAUUGUGGCGCCAAAGAAGACAACACAUGCCAGGCACUUGUUAAACGAUCGCAAACAAAUAAUGAUAAUCAAGCGACAACAAUCAAUCAAAAUGAAAAUUUCACGUCUGAACAAUUGACAAGUUCGUUACGUAGACGUGCAUCAAGUCCCGUCUUGGAUAAAAUCAAAUAUCGUGAACGAAAAAACGUUAAACAACUACAAAGUAGUAAAGAUUCGCUUGUUAAUUAUUUGGGUUCGAGUGGCGUCGUACGAAAUUUGAUCGAUUUAAUGAGCAGUUUAAUGGAAUCAGUUGAGAAAACUUGUGGACAAAAUUCCCCAGUUGGUUGUUAUUCUCGUGCGAUACAAGCGUUACAUUUGUUACACACCGGUGAGAAGAAAUACGUACACACUGAUCAAUUAAUGUUAGGCAGUGUGGGGACACAAGAAGGAGCUUUUGAAAAUGUUAGAAUGAGUUAUGCCGGUGAACAAGGACAGACGAUUAGACAACUACUGUCAGCACAUAUUAUACGAAGAGUUGCAAUGUGUUGUAUGACUUCAAUGCAUGGUAGACGCCAACAUUUGGCUGUUUCACACGAAAAAGGCAAAAUAACAGUGUUACAAUUAUCGUCGUUGUUUAAACAAAACGAUUCAGUCAGGAAAUUGUCAUUGUCAAAGUUGGGUUCGGCACCCAUUCCGUUUACAGUUCUCUCAAUGGCGAGUAAUUUAUGUAAUGAGGAUUUUUUGGCCGUUUGUGGUUUGAAAGACUGUCAUGUUUUAACAUUUACAUCGAGUGGUUCCGUUUCGGAUCAUUUAGUUUUACAUCCGCAAUUAGAAACUGGAAAUUUUAUCAUUAAGGCAAUUUGGUUACCAGGAUCACAGAUGCAGUUGGCUUUGGUUACGGCCGAUUUUGUUAAGAUUUAUGACUUGGGCAAGGAUGCCUUAAGUCCACAGUAUUAUUUUUUGGUGCCUAGUGGGAAAAUUCGCGAUUGUACGUUUAUGUACGACGAUGGGACUUAUCAUAUUUUAUUAAUGUCAUCACCUGGUCAUAUCUAUACCGAAGUUUUAAACGAGGAUAGUUCAGCUAAACACGGAUCAUUUUACGUCACAAACACACUCGAAGUAUUUCAUUUGGAUGUAACUGAUGUUAAUGGUCAAGUGGCUGGUGGAGGUGUCUCUAUUUACUAUUCACACACUUUGGGUCUUUUGUUUUAUAGCUACGUCCAAGGGCGUAGUUUUAUUUCGCCAAUAACACCGAAAAAUAAUUGUUUGACUGUUAUUUUUUCGAUAAGUUUACCACCGACUACAAGUUCAAAUACGAAAAGUAACGGUUCGAGAAAUGCACCACAACCGUUGUGUCAAUGGACCGAAAUACCGAAUCAUCCAGGUUUAAUUUGUUGUGCUAUGCAAUCGACAAAUAAUCCCGUUGUUUUAAUGAUCAAACCUGACACAAUUCUAAUUCAAGAAGUGAAAACUGUACCACCAAAAACAAAAAUUAUGGAUAUGGUAGCAAUUCGACAUUAUUCAACUGGUAACGAAGCACGAACCACUCUGAUGUUGUUGUGUGAAGACGGUAGUCUGAAAAUGACUGUUGCAAAUAUGGAACAGACCGGUUUUUGGAUGUCGCCAAACAUACAACCGAUUAUAACAAAUACUAAUCUCAAACCGAAAAAGAAGAAAAUUGUAAAAUCGGGCAAAAGUACGAAUAGUGUAUCGUUUCCGGUUGAUUUUUUCGAACAUUGUCAAUUGAUGAACGAUAUUGAGAUUGGCGGAAACGAUCUUUUACAAAUCUACAAUGUUGCACAAUUGAAACAUCGUCUCAAUGCGACUGGUUUAUACGUUGCAUGUAAUAAACCACUUGGUUUCACUGCCGAAAUUACAAAUCCCGAUUCGAACAUGGUGAUGGUUGGAAUUCGUGUACUUGUCGGAAGUCAAGAUGUACAAAAAGCACCGUCUUUUGUUGAAGUUUUUGGACGAAUUAUUUCGUUGACGGUUAAUCGAAGUCGUUGGUUUGAUAUUCCAUUUUCGCGAGAGGAAAGUUUACAAGCCGACAAGAAAUUAACUAUAAUGUUUGGACCAUCGCAAGAUCCUGAAACACUGACGAUGGUUGACAGCAUCAAAGUUUAUGGUAAAACAAAAGACUCAUUUGGAUGGCCAGAAGAAACAGAAGAAAGUGUCGCUACCGGAAGUGGAACAAAUCAAGUGAUGAAUGUUAGUAACGAUCAAGAAACGCAACAAACAAAUGCGACACCGCUCACUAAACUUGAAAAAUUGGUUGUUGGUAUUUUGGAAGCAUUAGACGGAUCGUUUUCGUUGCAUCCAAUCGAAGAUAAGUAUAAACAACCAACUUUGAAAUUAGCGACUCAAUUGUUAACCCUUCCGACGCCGCCUCUAAUUCAAAUUCAUUCAAAAGCACUUUUAUCGUCGUUACAUUCAUCGCGUCAACUUUAUCACAACUAUAAAGAUCAAGCAUUACUACAGCAUGUCUUGUCCAGUCUUAAUUCAAUGACCGAAUCCGAUACAAAAGAAAUUGAUGCUGAAAGUUUCUAUCGUUUGAUUUUAAUUGUGCGUGGAAUUGCUGUUUCACGUCCACAAAAUCUAGUAAAAUUCAGUGAUUCACACACUUGUAUUCAAGAUAUUGUUUUGGACGAUCCACUCGAUCCAAAACCGACAACAUCAAAAAUGCAGCAACAAAAAUCACAACAUUUACUUUUAAAAUUGAUGGAUGUUUUGUGGAUUUUGCAUUCGUUGAUGCCGGAAAAUGCGAAUUUGGCACCGGUUGUUGUUCCCGGUUUGAAACAUACCGAACAAGUGAUCCACGCAUUGGUUGAAAUUGUGCACGCUUUCAACAGUUGUGAUACUUAUAGUAACAUUACGAUGGCAGUUUAUUUGCAAUUAUUGUUGUGUAAAGAUCUAGCGAUUGCAUUCAGUGCUAAGCAGGCUUUGAGUAAAGUUUUGAAACCGAAAGCGAGACGUAGGAGAGUUUUUAUACCGAGUCCACCACAUUGUACGACACCACCACCACCACCAGCACCGUCGUCGUCGUCAAACGUUGUUGGUAAAACAGAUAACGAUAAAACUCAAUACGAGGAAGCUAUAGCUUUGGUUCAAGGUCAGGAUGUUAAUGCAUUGGAGGCGUUACUAGGAGGUGCUAGUUAUCAACCAUUACUUGAUAUACCACCAGAUGCCGAUGAUGAAACUAUGGUAGAAUUAGCGAUAGCUUUAAGUUUGCAAGAACACGAUCAAGUGGCACAAGUUGGCGGCGGACAACAGCAAGGUCAAGAAGGUGGAGGGCAUUUUAGUGAUACAACAGCAAGUGCUGCCGGAUCAGAUGAUGAAGGAAGUACAGCAGCAACUGAUGGUUCAACUCUUAGAACUUCACCAGCGGAACAAGGUGGAAGUGCUGCAGGUUCUGAAAGUGGUGGAAGUGGUGUCGAAAGUAUCACCGGUGAACAUAAUGUUUCCGGACGAAGUUCAGCCUAUGGUGAUAAUCAAGAAGCACCAAGAAAUGAUUCAAAUGUGGUGGUGUUGAAUAAUCAAAGUGAAAAUUUACCUGAUAUUGACGAGAGCGAUUCAGAAAAUAGCAGUCGAUUACACGUUUUAAGGUUACAAUUGUUGGAACGUUUGACUGAAUACUUACCGAAAUUAAGGAAUGUUGAUGGUGUUAGAGCGAUUCCAUUUUUACAAGUUGUUUUGCAAUUGACAAGUGAUCUUGAUGGACAUUCUGAACGAGAUAGGGCUUGUUUUAAUUCAUUGCUAACUGCAAUUUUGAUUGAAUUACAAUUGCGAACGCCAAAUGUUGACGAUAUUUGUGCGAGAACGAAUCAAAAAGAAGUUCAAUUGGUUUUGAUGAAACUUUUAAGUGUUUUUAUGGGUCGGUGUAAAAGUGCGACAACAGCAGGACCGUCAACAAGUAAACAACAAAGUGUCGACAAUUCGACUUUUGUUUCGCGCACCACAGCCACCGUAUUACACAAAGCCAACAUAAUCAGUUAUUGUAAUAGUUUAUUGGAGGCACUUUUAACAUAUUGGACAAAUCAAACGCAUGAAGAAAAUAAAAAUAGCGUUACUGGUAAUUUACUAAAGGAGCAUUUAACACGACCACCACCCGAUAUGACUCCAUUCUUUAUGAAACAAUUUGUCAAAGAAAACGGUCCGGAUAUUUUUUCAACUUAUCCGGAGAUUUUAACCGAAAUGGCGUUGCGACUUCCGUAUCAAGUACACAAAUAUUCGGAAAUUGCCGAACCGAUAAGUGUGGCAUUUGCCGAAUCGUGGUAUCAAUAUUUGUGUGAAUAUAUGAUGACAUCACAAGCACCACAAGUCAGACGACAGGUUCGCAAACUUUUGCUCUUUAUUUGUGGCAAUAAGGAGAAAUAUCGUUACCAUCGUGAUAUUCACGCACUUAAUAAACACCUCAAAGGUGUGAUUGAUUGUUGUGUAAGAGGAGGUUACGAAUCGGUUCAAGAAAUUCAACAUUCACUCUCACUAACGUAUGAUAUUUUGGUCGAUUUAGUCGAACAUUUGAAAAGUUGUGUUGAAAUUGCCAUCAAUCGGACUGGCAAUUGGCAACGAUUUUGCAUUCAACAAGAUACGAUUAUUGCGUUUUUAAUCCAAAUGAGUUGUUUGUUGGACGAAGGUGUGGCUCCGACUAUUCUUCAUUUGUUACAAUGUGCCAUAGCUAACGGAACGAAUAAAAAGUUAGAGAAAAGUACAUCAUCGCGUAAAGAACGUGAAAAAUCCGACGAUUCAGCUGCUGAAGCUUUGUUCGAAGAAGCAAAUUGUGGCGUUUUAGUUGAACAGAUUAAUAAGCAAGUGUCUCGUGAGGUUUUCGCACGAUUCGUUAAAACAUUCAUGUUGGAAACGAACACGACAAGUGUGCGUUGGCAAGCACAUACUUUGAUUUUGGCCGUUUAUAAAAACUCGAAACCGAACCAACAGGAAUUACUAUUGGAAUUGUUGUGGAAUUUGUGGCCUUUGAUACCGAAUUACGGACGUAAAGCAUCACAAUUUGUCGACUUGUUGGGCUAUUUCUCGUUAAAGUUUUUCCAAACGAACUUCGUAUUGCCUCAAGUGACCGAAUACGUUGAGAAAGCCGUUGGGAUUUUUACAUCGCAAAAUGAGCUUUUGGCACAUCAUCCCAAUGCGAAUUUAUACGCACACAUGAGCCAAUUUGUUGAACUUGAUGGUUAUUAUCUCGAAUCUGAACCGUGUCUUGUGUGUAACAAUCCGGAAGUGUCAUUCACAACGAUUAAACUCAGUUCGUUGAAAGUUGAUUCAAAGUUUACGACAACCACUCAAAUCGUCAAACUUUUAAGUAGUCAUACAAUCAGUAAAAUCACUGUACGAAUCGGUGAUUUGAAACGCAGCAAAAUGGUACGAACCAUCAACAUCUACUAUAAUAAUCGGAGUGUUCAAGCUGUCGUUGAAUUGAAAAAUAAGCCAGCUUUGUGGCACAAAGCGAAAAAAGUGACUGUACAAUCUGGUCAAACUGAAGUCAAAAUCGAGUUUCCAUUACCAAUCGUUGCUUGUAAUUUAAUGAUUGAGUAUGCAGAUUUUUACGAAAACAUUCAAGCAUCAAGUGAGACACUUCAAUGUCCAAGAUGUAGUGCUGCAGUUCCGGCAAAUCCAGGCGUUUGUGCAAAUUGUGGUGAAAACGUAUUUCAAUGUCACAAAUGUCGUGCCAUCAAUUACGAUGAAAAAGAUCCCUUCUUAUGUCAUGCUUGUGGUUUUUGUAAAUAUGCAAAAUUUGAUUUUACAUUAUUGGCGAAACCUUGUUGUGCUAUUGAUCCGAUUGAAACCGAUGAUGAUAGGAAGAAAACUGUUGCCAACAUUAAUUCACUUUUAGAGAAAGCUGAUCGUGUUUACAAACAAUUGAUUGCAAACAAACCGAAUUUGGAAGCUCUAGUUUUGAAAAUAACUGAACAUCGAUCUGAACGGAAAACAGAUGAGGGUAGUAGUAGUAAUACUACUACUACAAGUGGCACUACCACCGGUUCAGUUCCAAGCGGUUCUGCUCAAUUUAAAGUCAAUAAAACUAUACAAAUGUUGGCACAACAAUAUUGCAACGAAUGUAAGACUUCAUUUGAAGAAUUGAGUAAAAUAAUACAGAGAGUUUUGGUUUCACGUAAAGAAUUAGUCGCCUAUGACCGCAAACAUCGCGAUGUUGAUUAUCCCAAACCGAGUUCGUUGCUAAAACCUGGCGAUUCUUUUACAAAUACACGUUGUUAUGGUUGUGCAAGUGCAGCAACUGAACAUUGUCUUACGUUAUUACGAGCGUUGGCUUCCAAUCCCACUACACGUCAAAUACUAUGUUCUAAAGGUCUGAUUCAAGAAUUAGUUUGGAAUAAUUUGCGUAAAGGUAGUAUCCAGAUACAGGAAGAAGUGAAACAAUUGUUAUGUGUUUUGACACGUGAUAAUUACGAAGCGACUGAAGAAUUGUGUAAUUUAUUGAUGGAUCGUAUCACAUCGAGUCUUUCCGGUCAUGUGACCACUGAUUUUGGUACAAGUGUACGUCAUGAGAUUUCACUAUUGGCGCUAAUGGUGCAAAAAGAAGACGAAUGUUGGGAAUUGAAAUUGAGAUGUAUGAUGCAUUUGUUUUUGAAAGCUUGUGAAGAUUCUAAAAGUCCAUUAGUCAUGGAAUCGGUCAUUUUACCAUGUUUGAAGAUUUUGCAAAGUUUGAUGAAAGGUUCAUCCGAUGGGAAAAAGAAGGAAAAAGUCAAUUUGUCAGGCACUACGGUUGAUGUUUAUAAGUUUUUGGAGAAGAAAUCUGGACAUACGUUUGCCGAUUGGAAGGCGAUUUUUGUACAAAUCAGUGACUCGUUGAAGGAAUUACCAACAAACAAACGAGAAAUUCACGCUUAUUACUUGUCGGAAAAGUAUUUCCAAAAAUGGAGAAGAAACGUACAUCAAAUUGACCAUCGUUUGGAAUUGGACGAUUCAACUUGGCUCAAAUCGGUUCUGUUCAAUACCAGUUCGCGAUUGGCUCGGCAGGUGGCCUGCAGUAUAGUCGAGUUGAUGUGUAAUAGUUUCGAACGCAAAAAAGAGAUUUUGAUUCUUUUGACUUGUUUUCUCGAAGAGUUGGGUAAUGCUGGCGAGAAUUCGGCCGAAUUUUUAAAUUUGUAUCAAAGUUUAAUCCAAGAAUCGCCGUGGAAACAAUUUUUAACAAUUCAAGGUGUCUUAAUAGUCUUGGCCGAUUUAAUAACAAUGGAAAUUGAACAAUUGCACUAUCUGGAAGCGACAACUUUAACAUCGGAUUUGGCUCAAGGUUACGCUUUGAAUCAACUCACUGAAUUGUUGGCUUCGUUUUUGGACGAUCCAGCGAUUCGAAGACAGUACAAAGGGCGAUUAGUUGGAGCCGUUCUAAAUGGUUAUUUAUCGUUGAGACGUUUGGUUGUACAAAGGACGCGUUUAAUUGAUGAUACGCAAGAAAAAUUACUAGAAUUGUUGGAGGAGAUGACAACAGGAACCGAAGAAGAAACCAAAGCUUUUAUGGCUGUUUGUAUUGAAACUGUCGAAAAACAUAACGUUCACGACAUUUUAACUCCGGUGUUUAUUUUCGAAAGAUUGUGUUCGAUUAUUUAUCCGGAAGAGAACGAUGUCGAUGAGUUUUUCCUUACGUUAGAAAAGGAUCCACAACAGGAGGAUUUUCUUCAAGGAAGAAUGUUGGGAAAUCCGUAUUCGAGUUCCGAGAUUGGUUUAGGGCCUUUGAUGCGUGAUGUUAAAAAUAAGAUUUGUCAAGAUUGUGAAUUGGUUGCCUUAUUAGAGGACGAUAACGGAAUGGAAUUACUCGUCAAUAAUAAAAUUAUAAGUUUGGAUUUAGCGGUGAAGGAUGUUUUUAAGAAAGUUUGGCUUGCCGAAGGUGGAGAUCAUGAUGCGAUGCGUGUCGUUUAUCGUAUGCGUGGUCUUUUGGGUGAUGCCACCGAAGAAUUUGUCGAAACUUUAAAUAAUAAAUCACAAAGUACGGUCGAUAACGAAGAAGUUUAUAAGAUGGCUAAUGUUUUAGCCGAUUGUGGCGGUUUAAAAGUGAUGGUUAAGCGAUUAGGAGCGAUACAGAAUGUACGACGGGCUAAACCGUUGCUUCAAGUUAUUUUGAAACUGUUUCGAUUAAGUAUCAAAGUUGUUAAAUGUCAGGAAGUGCUGAUACAACCCGAAUUGGGAGCGAUGGAAGUGUUUUUGAGGACGCUUCAAUUGUGUCUAGAUGGUGAACCGGAUACGAGUCAGGCCGCCGUCACUGAACAACUUUUAGACAUAAUGGAAACGGUGCUAUCGAAAGCUACUUCGCAAUCAUUGGAAAUGUUUAAAAAAUUCUCGCAAACUUUUGGUGGUCCGGAGUACGUCCGCUCUUUAUUAAAAUGUACAAAUCAUCCAAGCGUUCGAAAUAAUCAAUCGGUUUUGAUUCAUUUGACUCGAGUUUUGGCCGCUUUGGUUUACGGUAAUCGAGAUAAAAUGCAAAUAUUGAUGGAUUAUUUUAAGCCAGUGCUUGAUUUAAAUAAAUACGACUACGAACACACGCCCGAAGAUCAACAGAAAUUGGAAAUGUUGUGCGUUUUAACUAACGGAAUUGAACGCAACUCGAUCGGAAACACGUUAAAGGAUUACAUAAUUUCGUUGGGAAUUGUUAAGGAUUAUUUGGAGUAUAUUACAAUGCACGCACCUUGCGUUAAACCGACUUUACUACGAACAGACAGUGAUGAAUUGAAAGAUUUCAUUUCGAAGCCGGCAUUGAAAUAUUGUUUGAGAUUUUUGACUGGUUUAGCACACAGUCAUGAAAACACUCAAUUAGCUGUUGCCGAAGCUGAAACAAUACCAAUUAUUCAUCGAUUAGAACAAGUUUCGUCUGAUGAACAUGUUGGUUCAUUGGCUGAAAAUCUACUUGAAGCGUUGUGUACAAAUGCAACUGUGGCAAAACAAAUUGAACAAGUUCGCGAAUUUACACGCUCCGAAAAGAAACGUCUAGCGAUGGCAAUGCGCGAAAAACAAUUGGGGCAAUUAGGAAUGCGUACAAAUGAUAAAGGACAAGUGACUGCCAAGUCAGCAAUCUUACAACAAAUUGAAGAAUUGGGCGAAGAAACUGGUUUAGUGUGCUGUAUUUGUCGCGAAGGUUACAAAUAUCAACCGACCAAAGUGUUGGGAAUUUACACGUUUACGAAACGUUGUAAUGUGGAUGAGUUUGAGGCAAAGCCGAGACGUACAGCUGGCUAUACAACUGUGAGUCAUUUCAAUAUAGUUCACAUUGAUUGUCAUAUGAGUGCUGUGAGAUUGGCACGUGCGAGAGACGAAUGGGAAUCGGCAGCACUUCAAAAUGCUAAUACGAAAUGUAACGGUUUAUUACCACUGUGGGGGCCACAAGUGCCCGAAUCAGCUUUUGCCAGUUGUCUUGCAAGACACAAUACUUAUCUACAGGAGAGUACCAAUCAUCGAGAUAUCGGUCAUAAUUCAACUAUACACGAUUUAAAAUUGUUGUUGUGGCGUUUUGCCCAAGAAAAAUCAUUUCAUGAAGAUACAGGUGGUGGAGGACCACAAAGUAACAUGCAUAUGGUGCCCUAUAUCGUACACAUAGCCCUUUACGUGAUCAAUACGACUAGGGUGAGUAAGCGCGAGGAGGGAAGUCUAAUGAAUUACAUAAAAUGUACAAAUACGGAGAAAUGGAUCGAGUCGGCUUACGAAGCUGAAGGUCCGCUUUAUUGGACCACCAUGGCUAUACUUUUGCAUUCGCCGCAACAAUGGAACACACAUAAAUUGAAUCAUUUGAAACGUUUGGUUAUUUUGGCGCAAACUAGACACUGUCAUCCGUCCGGUCCUAAUAAAAUCUUGACUGAUCGUAGUGUGAAAGACUAUGCCGUUUAUAAACCAUAUUUGGUGUUUUUCGGUUUGAUUGAUGGAGUUUAUAAUUAUUUCUUCAAGAAUGUUGGUGGAUCUGAAGAACAAUGGUCUACGAAUUUGGCCGAUUAUAUACGACAUAAUGAUGAAGCGUUGAUGAAGGCAUCAGAAAAAUUACUGGCGGCUUAUACCGAUGAGUUAUUACCUUGCACUUCCUUUACUGAAUUCUGUGAUGUUACAGGUUUAUUGGAUGUUAUAACCAGUCCUGACACCUAUAUAAGUGAUCUUCUAAAGGAUCUAUCUUAAAUAAUUUAAAACAAAUAAAUAACGAGUUUUAAAAUAUAAAGAAGGCCGUAUUUAUUUCGAGCUGUAUGCUUAUACUACCUAGUGUUAAUUUUUUUUCUUUUCUUUUUCCUCACUCUUUUAAUUAUUGCUUAUGAAUGGAAUUUUUAGAUUAACUAAAUUAUUGUACCUCUUUCAUUUCAAAUGAUAUAAUACAAUAAAUAGUAAAAGUGUU